UAGUGACAGUCAUUACACAUCAUAAAAUAAAAGAAUUCACUCCUUAAUAGUUACUUCAAUUCGAAUUGACUGUCAUUCCUUUUUUCGAAUGGAGAUUUCAUUGCAUAAGACUCGGAAAGUCUCUGAAGUCGUAAUGAAACGAUGUCAAUGUUAAUAUUAAUUUUUAUUGUGCAGGCACGUGUGCACGACGAAUUGGACUCAAUAUUCCAUGACAGCGACAGGGAGUGUAUUUUCCAAGACAUUAUAAAUAUGAAGUAUCUGGAUAGAGUUAUUUUGGAAACAUUGAGGCUCUUUCCUGUAGCACCACUAUUCGGUAAGAAGCUUAAUAAGGACGUAAGAAUAGUUACAGGCAAUUACGUUCUACCAAAGGAU